ACGAGACUGAGAGAUUUUGGAGUUGCCUUGCAACGGGAUACAUUCUUGGAAGCUUCGCUCUUUUGCCAUUUGGCUCAAAUCAUUCUUCUUCUAAAACCAUACCCCAUCUACCAUUCCUUUGCCUGAGACUUUGUCUGUGGCUUAUAACUCGCCAUCUAAGAGGCCCUCGGACCAUAUAGUUUCAACUUUCUCUCUUCUAUAUCGGACGACAACAUUACAAAGCCUUUUUCGCCUCCUGUCUAUUUCCUUCAACCCACGGCAAACCAUCCAUCACAACCCCCACCAUGACUGCUGAUUCCAUCACAACUGGCCAGAACGGCUCUUCCAACGGCUCUUCCAACGGCCACGCCAAUGGCACGCCUCGCACCAAGAUUUGCGUAUACUGUGGCUCAAGCGGCGGCAACGACGCCGAGCACAUGGAAACAGCCCGCGAGCUCGCCAGAGUAAUGGCUGAGAACGACAUUGAUCUCGUCUACGGCGGCGGCACCGUCGGCCUCAUGGGCGAAGUCGCCAAAACCCUCUGCGAGCUCAAGGGCCCCGAGGCCGUGCACGGCAUCAUCCCCGAGGCCCUUGUCAAGUACGAGCGCAACAACACCUACCAGACCAUCAACGUGAACAACCAGUACGUGCCCACCGAGAGCACCUACGGCCGCACCACCGUCGUCAAGGACAUGCACACGCGCAAGAAGCUCAUGGCCGAGGAGGUCUUCGCCGGCGGGCCGGGCAGCGGCUUCCUCGCCCUCAGCGGCGGCUACGGCACCGUCGAGGAGCUCUUUGAGACGGUCACCUGGAACCAGCUGGGCAUCCACAAGCGCGGCAUCUGCCUGCUCAACAUCAACGGCUACUGGGACGGCAUCGUCCAGUGGGUCGACAAGGCUGUCGAGCAGGGCUUCGUCAAGCUGCCCAACAAGGACAUUCUCGUGACGGCGACGACCGCCGAGGACGCCAUCUUGGCGCUGAUGAACUACCAGGUCAGCGAGGGCACUUUCAAGCUGGAAUGGGGAUCGCAAUAAACGGGUGUGUUUUGAAAAGAUAAAAAAGGCCAAAGAAACAGAGUGGCAAAUGUUAUUCGCAUGAUUCCAAGUUGCAGCAAGCACCUUUUUUGUUCACGAGCUUGCUAGGACUCGGGUCUCUUUUUUUUUUUUUCUUUGCUGUGUCAUUUUCUUUUUUCCCACUCCACUCUGUUCUACGUUUUGUUUUUGUUUUGUUUAUUUGGCGCCUUUUCCAACGGCUAUCAUGUGUAAUGCCUGGUUAUGAUGUACAGUAUAGAGAGGGUUUUCCAUC